GACCAGAGCAAUUAGCGAGUACUGCCCCUCCCAUUCCUACGGGAAUUUUAUGUGGAACGUAGCAGCAUCACACCACCCAGACAACAGACAACACAGACAACAGAGAGGCAUACACUGCUGUCAUUGGAACGGUAGCGACCCAUGCCAUGAGGCCCGGAGCCGAGUACCCCAUGGCCCACGGCCCCGCGGCGGCGCCGCGCUCGACGUGGCAGACGCCGGUGCCGUACCUCUUCGGCGGGCUCGCGACGAUGCUGGCCCUCAUCGCGCUCUCGCUCCUCACCCUGGCCUGCUCCUACUGGAAGCUCUCCGGCGGCCUCGCCGGCCCGGACGAGGACCAACCCCCGGGCUCCGACGGCGAGAAGGGCUCGGCCGCCGGGCCCGCGAGGGAGUGGCUGGGGCACGUGGUGGUCAUCAUGGCCGGCGACGAGCAGCCGAGUUUCCUGGCCACGCCGGCGUCGAUGACGAGCAGUGCCGCUGACGGCGGCGCUGAGACCGCAGCCGGCGCCGCGGCGUGCUGCGCCGCGUGCAGGUCGGAGGAGAGGAAGAUGGAGGAUGCGCGCGAGGCCGGUGCGCAGCCAGCCGGCUCCGAGGACGACGCGCGGCCAGCCAGCCCAAGUGAGCUACCAAGUAGCAGUACCAGCUCUGUAAUUAGCAGCUAGCGAGAUAGUACAAUUUACAUGGAAGGUCUUUUUACAUGGAAGGUCUUUUUUUCUGUUUAUGUUGCAGUUUUCCUCUGCGGGGUUUUCUGCUGUUUAAUUCAGUAGCUGUAAAUUUUCUACUGUGGCGAUCAUUGAAGAAUACCUCGUUUAGAAAAUUUUGAUCGUUUGUAUCGUAUAUAAUCAAGCACAACAAAAACUUUACAGAGAACAUCAACUUGAUUUCGCCUUUAUAUGAGUAGCUAACAUGUGCUUACAAAACACACUUAACUUGCAAGUGAUUGAGGACAACCAUGGGAGAGAUUUCUAACAGAUGGAAGGAAGCAACAUGAUGGCAGUGUAGACUUUUUUUUUGAAAGGGAUGGCAGUG